UUUGGACUAGGUAAAAAAACGUAUCCCAAAAUCGGUAAUUGAUUAAAGUUAGCACAACCAAGAUGGCGGACCGAACGCCAGGUGGUUCGCAGAAAUCUAGCGCAAAGGCGCUACUAGAGAGCAAGUUGAAGUCCUUCAGCAUUGGCAAAACGGUCGUGCCCAAGAGGACCCUAAGCAAGAAGGAACAAGAGGAAAUCAAAAAGAAGGAGGAUGAGCGUGCAGCUGCAGAGAUCUAUGAAGAGUUCCUGGCUGCGUUCGAGGGAGGAGAGGGCAAGGUCAAGGCCUUUGUCCGGGGAGGCAUUGCUAAUGCAACUAAAGAGGAGGCUGCUUCCGAUGACAAGAAGGGCAAGCUGUAUAAACCCAAGUCUCGCUUCGAAACAGCAGCACCACCGAAAGGCAGCUUCCUGCCUUUGGAAACCCCUCCACAGUUUUUAACAUUAGAUAAAAAACACACACUGAAGAAAACAACUGAAAAGGAAAAGAAGAAAAGCAACUUAGAGCUCUUUAAGGAAGAACUGAAACAGUAAGCYAUUUCACAUCCC